AUCUUGACUGCAUCCAAUAACUUCUUUUCCAUCUCAUCUACCACCAACUAACCUACAUAUCUCACCUUACUUAGUACCUGCUUCCACCCUCUCACCGUCAUGGGGGCUGGUCCGUCCCCUCUUUAGCCGCGUCCAGCCUAGUCUUCCUUUUUUUAGUUCUUACUCCUCCAUUAUCUCAUCAUCGUUCCAUCCAUCCAGCCCCCCCCCCUCUUACUACUCCAAUGUUACGCUCCCCCGUCUCACCGGAGCGUGUCUCCUCUCGCUCCCCCGCCCCUCCCCCGUCUUCUUUCUCCCCUCCCCGGAAAUCCUUCGAUGACGAUCUAGAUCGACCUGGCUCCUCGGGAAGUGAUGCCUCGUCAGACUCCAAUGUGACCGCGGUUUCGGCGAUUCCACAACCCCUCAACUUACCAACCGUGAAUCAAGCACCACCCUCUCCUCGUCUUCCUCGCACCUCCUCAGUCGCCUCGAACGCCAGACAGCCAUCCUCCUCCUUCAUGCCGCACAAUGAUCUCUCCUCGCGAAGGCCGUCCGGUCGCAGUGGUCCGCCGGAGCCGCAUAAGCACCGCUCGCGUCAUCAUUCGCAAGGCUUCUUCGAGCCCUCCCUUCCCACCGCGUCCGUCCCCGAUGCCAGCCUGUCAGCCUCGCGGAUCGCCGCGCAGGCCGCUAUGUUGCAGCAGCAACAACAGCCACCGCAUCAACCGCCCGCGCAACAUCCCCCGAAACGACCCCAGACCUUCAUCCACCGCAGUUCUGAAGACAACGGCCCCCGGUCCUGGCGAGGCGGCAGCACCUCGCCGACGAUGCCCCCGACCCCUCCGCCACCACUGGCCGCUCCGGGCACGGGGGGCUCGUACUUCCCCACUACGAAUCAAACCGGCGCCGCAGCGGGCGGCCAUGGUCAUGUAGCGACCACCGCGGCGAAUGUGGUGUUCCCGCGACAGGGGGGUCUGCAGCCGCCGGGGAUGGAAUCGGGUCCCCCCGAGCGCGAACCUAAGCAGAGCAAGGAGAAGUCGAAGAUGAAGCUGUUCUCCAAACCAAAACAUAUUGGGAUUAGUCGCGAGAAGGAUCCGGGGGGUAAAGAUCGAGGUUUGCCGUCGCCGAGCAAGAUGGGGUUCGCGGGCGGUAGUGGGCUGUCCCGCAUCGUCAGCGGUACGACUCCCACCCUGGCCGAUACGUUUCCCUCAAGUAGCAACAUGUCCAUGUACAACUUGAACAAUACGUCGUCGACGACCGUGGUGCCGGCGGAGAAGCCCUCGGGGACCGAGAAGGACAAGGACAAGGACAAGGAGAAAGAUAAGGACAAGUCGCACAAACAUCAUCAUUUCCUGUCCCGGCAGAAGUUGAAGCUGAAGGACCGAGACAACGACCACAACCUGCCGCUGUCGUCCGCAGCCAGUAACUCGCGACCGGCGGAUCCCAACGCCCCGCAGUCGCUCUACUCUUUCACACCUGCAUCCCCCGGCGUGGUGUCGACGACGUUUGGUAAGUCGGUGAGCGGGCUCGACCUCCUGCACGGCGGACGCGCCCUGCGGGAAAAGAAGAAGGAGGAGAAGGCGCUGGCCGAAUCUAGCCAGGAAGAAACGAUCGCUAAUUCUGUAGUCAAUGGGGGCACACCGGGCGUUUUCCCCGGGUCAUCCACGCUCGGCAACUCCACGGGGUUGCUCCCGGAGGUCGCAUUGCGCGAGACACUGCAGGGGUUCGGUCUGAACAACAUGACCCCGGAAGAUGCGUGGGACUUCCUCAAGGCGAAGCUCCUCGUCAUCUUCGACGGGGAAGACGUGCGCAUCGCGAUCGAGGACCUCAACAAGCUGGUCCUGAUCCACAUUCAGCGCUGCGUGCAAAAGCGCACGCCAACCGCCAUCGUCGACGAUUUGCGCGAGCUCCUGGAGACGGGCUUUGCCACACUAAACCACACGCUGAACGGCGUGCCGGAUGAGAAGCUGGUCCCGCAUCUCGUCCACAUUUGGAUGCUGGUCUUCGGCACCAUCCUGCCCUUCAUCCAGGCCGUCUUCCUGCCCCUCGACCUCGAGUUCAAGGGCUGCGGCUCAGUGAUGAACCACCGCGAGGCCAGCGACUUCUGGAGCACCGCCCUCGAAGGCGAAUACCCCGGCUGCGAGCUGGAGGUGCGCAACCUCGUGUUGAUCGCCUUUCGCGACAUGGUCAUCCUAUACCGCUACGAGGGUCUUAAGGCCACCUUCUCGCGGCUAAGCCUCGACAACAUCAACCUGGGCCACUCCACCCCCAGCGUCACCACCAAGAGCAGCAGCGCCAGCAGCGGCCGGCCCGGCACUGCCGCGUCCUUAGACGCCGCCAACGCCAGCUUCGGGUCGUCACAGUCAUCGGCCUUCCUCAACACGGCCGCCAGCUACUCCUCAGACCCAAUGAACACCACCAGCAGCCGCAGCCGUGCCGCCUCCAACACCCCAUCCAACCCAGAUCAGCUCAUCUUCCAGUCCUUCUCGUCCCCGCCGCAGCGCCCCACAAUCAUCCACCGCUCGUCCACCGCGGCAGACACCUCCCAGAUGAUCACCGAGACCGUCGGCCGCAUGCUCCAGUGCGUCAGCGUGCUCGCCAGCGUACAAACCGGCGACGAGCCGCAGGAAAACAUCGAACUUCUCAGCAAAGCCCUCAAGCACAACUGGCUCGGCCGCGGCCGCACCGGCCGCGAUCGACGCGGCUUCGUCGGCGCCAAGAUCCGCCCUGUCCCGGUUAUGCGAACGGACAGCGAACGGACGGCUACGGAUGUGGGCCGUGGGAGUGCGGAGUAUGAGUGGCGCCAGGAGAUAAGCGUUUUAUAACUUACUUUUUUUUUUGUUGUCUUUUCAUGAAGUUUUGUUGGUUUGUUUAUGUCUAUUGGCUUGGUUUGAUGGAAUGGGUAUAUCUUCUUAGGGUUGUUUUGUUCUGUUCGUUUUGUCUGGUACAAAAUAGAUACCUCGGCGUGGUUUGUUUGAGUGGGACUUACUGUGGUACUGGUGGGUUUCGGGAUGGGUUCUAUG